AAUGAUAGUUAAUCACUCUUUUUACCUUUGCUGACUUUUUCACCCCAAAAAAUUGAGCACAAAAAAAUCUAACAGCCAACAAGGAUCGCCUUAUGUUUCCCAGCGUCCAACAAUAUCGUUCAUACAUUUCCCGACCGAUAUUGCCGGCAGCGUCCCAUCCGCUUUGAUCAUUUAUUUUUUCACUCUACUAUUCUUACCUGAUCUGGACUUUCUCAAGUCAAAAUGUUCGCUACUCUUGAAUUGCCCAUUCGAGAUGACAGCCGACAUAAACGAUUGAAAGUCGGCCGAGCUUGCCAUCCUUGCCGAAUGAAAAAAAUAAAGGUAUAACAACUAUGCACUGGUCGUCACAGAUUGAAGUGUAACUAUUCUCAUCAACUCAUCGAUUAGUGUGAUGGCAAACAGCCUUGUAUGCAAUGUAAAGCAAGGCGAAGAAAAUGCAUGUAUCUCAAAAACACCGACGAUACGUACAUUAAGCUCGAUCCUGUCACAGAUUCUACUGCAGAAUCCUUCAUGCAGGAGAUGAAUGAUCAAGCCCGUCGUCCCGACCCGCAUGGACAGCAUUAUGUUUCGGCACCGUUGGAAGAAACGGUCUACAUGGCCAAUUCCUCCGACGCAUUGUUUGCAAGUGCUUCACAUCGAAGUACAUCGUCACAACCGUUACAACCCAGCACCCGGCCCGAUAAAAUGGUGGAGCAAUUAGCAGAUAGUUUGGUCCGGCUGAGCCUCCAUCAAGAUACGUCCAAACUCGAGAACGAUCAUAUGGCGCCAUGGCGUAACUAUGGCGAGUUUGUCCGGUGGUCGAACGAACCUUCAUUACCAAAGUACUAUACAGCCUCCAUCGAAAUGCCGCCGCGGCCUGCUCAGGAACAACUGCUUUGCAUAUUUUUCGAACACUGUCAUCACAUCUUACCCACUAUUUCCCGGAGCAUGUUCUACGAUCAACUCGCUGUCAAAGGUCCUCUCAUCUCCCCGCUGUUACUGAACAUCAUGUACGCUCAUGCAGCCAAACAUACCGAUAACCCGGCUUAUCGAUCAAAACCAGACGAUCCAGCAUCACAAGGCGAUCUCUUUUAUCACCGGUCCCGACGUCUCGUAGAUGAUUUCUUGGAUGUUCCUCGACUCAGUACUGUGAUUGCACUGUUAUACAUGUCAUCGUACGAUUACUACGUGCCGCACCAGGGACAGUCGCGGAUACGAUCCAGUCGAGCGUGGAUGUAUAACGCAAUGGCGGUUCGCAUGUGCUUGGAAUUAGGACUACACACCUCUAACUACAGCAGUCAAAUGUCCCAAUUUGACAUUGAAUUGCGAAAGAGAGUGAUGUGGACAUGUUAUACAAUGGAUAAGCUGGAAAGUUGUGUCAUGGAGCGCCCCUGGAUGUUGCGAUCCGAAGAUAUUGCACUGGAUUUUCCUACACCUUUACCAGAAGAUAGCCGAGAGGAACGAUGCGUAUUGGAAGGGUUUGCUCAAUUGUGCCGGCUGAUGAUACUGAUGGAGAAGAUUCUGCAUUUCUUCGCCUACGACAUCAAGAAUCGUCAUACAUGGACGCUGCAGGAAGAAGAUCGAACUCUGCAAUUUCUGGAUGCUAUAUCGCAAUGGCGGAACGCAUUGCCGGAGGAGCUUCAAUGGUCGCCGACAUCGAAUCAAUUGCUGACAUCCAUGCCCACAGCAUCUAUCGUGACUAAUCUCCAUUUGGUGUCGUAUGACCUGGAAUUGUCGUUGGUGAUGUGUUGUCGUUUCCAAAACGAGCAGCUUCAUCGGCAGCAACGGCGAUCUCUGGCUAAUACCAUCACGCAUCUUGUGUCACUGACGGUUGGACAUCAUCGACUUAUGUACACAUUUACGCUGACCACCUUUUCCGGUAUUUUUGCUGCCCUUACACAUGCAGGGGACUUUGAUCAUCCGUCAAUAGAAGUAGCCGAAGAGGCUAAAAGUCAGUUCCGCAAGAGUUUGGAGGAUGUGCGAAAAAUUGUCGAGACGAUUCCUGUGCGUGAUUUGCCAGGCUUUACACGAUUGUUCGAACUGACACUGCAAACACCAGCAGCAGCAGCAGCAACAUCGAUGCCAAUGAGUGGUUCAACGAAAAUUUCGGCAUCACCUGCCUAUGCGAGUGCAUUUUCAGCUAUCAGCGAUCUCUGUCAUAACAGGAAUGAGGAAACAGUGGACCACGUGCUGGGUCCUGCUAUGGAUCUGCUAAACGUAACGACUUCCGUCAUCCAUCCAACGACACCGGCGACUACCUCGGUAUUUGCGCCCACGCUUCCGCCUGAACGACGGUCUUCACCUUUUGAUAAUGUGGUACAAGCACCAUUUAUGUUUGAUUCGUCAUGCCUGCAUACCACUUCCGCACCAUCAGCAUCAGCGGUGGCGGCGGCGGCAGCAGCAGCUGCUGCUGCUGCCGCGGCAGUAGGCGCUGUUGGUGCUCCCAUGACAACACCGACGGCACGACCGCUCAAAAAUAUCGAACCUGCCGAUUACACGUUUGAACUCAUUUCCGUCGCAGACGAAUGGGCGCGAUCGUUACCCUACUAAAUUAUUUCCCAUCUUCCAGUCCAUCGUCCGUGUUUAUUUUUUUAAUCCACAACUUAUCUGUAUAUAGAGUCUAAUUGCUAAAGUAUAACAGAAAAAUAAACACAUCCAUCGCUAAGCCAAACAGAUGUGUGAUGGAUGACAAAACAAACAAAAAUUCAUGAGAAGCAAGCACAUGCAAUGGCAAGGACAUUGAGG